AUGCCGCACAAGGGACUCCAAGCUUGUGGUAUGGAACCAAGAAAAGAAUUCUACAUGUCGGAUAACUACUCUAUUGGAUAUGAUCAGAGCAACAACAACUACAAAAUUUUGAGAGAGAGAUUUGGACCGCGUCUUUAUCUACCGUUUGAUGUUAGAAACGAUAUGCAGACUCUAUCUUCUGUUAGAGAAGAGAAGAUUUCAGUGAUGCUUAUGCGCAAGGAUACAAAUGUGAUGGAGGUAUGGAUUACAGAUAAGAUCGAGCCUGAUGCAGCAUCUUGGAAGAAGUUCAUGGUGGUAAAGGAUCAACCAAUCCUGUCUCGAAUAAUGAAACGAUUUGGAAAAGGUUACUUGUAUUGA